UGCCAAUGUGUCGCCUUCAUCGGCACAGGUGUGCACCCCCCAGCGAAUCAGUAGUCCCCUGCCACAUCUUUCUCCCCUAUUAAGCCCCAGAUGCUACAUCUCCACACCAUCUUAUCAAUAUCAGGGCCAGAGAAUUGUUUCUUCUUCUUCGCUCUAUCUUGUUGCUUUCCUGUGCCAUCGUCUGGCAUGGCUCGGAAAUGCUCCAGCUGCGGGCAUAAUGGCCAUAACUCCAGGACCUGCAGUGGUAACAACGGCGGUGGUGGUGGCGGUGGUGGGCUGAGGCUGUUCGGUGUGCAGCUGCAAGUUGGUGCUGCACCUCUGAAGAAGAGCUUCAGCAUGGAGUGCCUCUCGUCGUCGGCCUACUACGCGGCCGCGGCGGUGGCCGCGUCCAACUCGUCGUCGUCCGUGUCGUCGUCAUCGUCGCUGGUCUCGGUGGAGGAGAACGCCGAGAAGAUGGGCCACGGCUACCUCUCCGAUGGCCUCAUGGGCAGGGCUCAGGAGAGGAAGAAGGGGGUUCCAUGGACGGAGGAUGAGCACCGGAGGUUCCUGGCCGGCUUAGAGAAGCUCGGGAAAGGCGACUGGCGAGGCAUCUCCCGGCACUUCGUCGCGACACGCACCCCGACGCAGGUGGCCAGCCACGCCCAGAAGUACUUCCUCCGGCAGGCCGGCCUCGCGCAGAAGAAGCGGAGGUCCAGCCUCUUCGACGUGGCCGAGAAGAAUGGCGACAAGGCGGCGAAGGAGAGUCGUCCGAGACUGAAACACGAGACUAGCAGCUCCGUGGACGGGAUGGCAAUUCGGUCAUUCCCUGCUCUGUCUCUAGGACCCAGCAGGCCGAGGCCCGACGCCGCCGUGCUUCCACCAUGCCUGACCUUGAUGCCGAGCUAUUCGUCGCCGCCGGCCCCGUUGAUAAGCGGCGCUGCACUGUCGAUGGCGAGGCGUGCACCGAAGCUCCCUCCUUCCCUGGCGGAAAAUGCAAUUCCUCCUCCUCCUCCUCGGCAGGCGCCAGACCUGGAGCUGAAGAUCUCGUCGACCGCUGCUGCCCGGAAGACCGACCAGGCCAGCGUCGGUUCUUCGCCGACGCCGCGGACGCCAUUUUUCGGAACCAUCUGCAGGGUCACCUAAUGGGAAAAAAAAGGAGAAUGCUGAAGAGAUUUGCUGGUAGACGAUGAUGAAGGGGAAGAGCUUUUGCUAGUGGCGUACAGUAAUUAAGUCAGUAUGCGUGCGUUGCUGGCGUUAACAAUGCCAUCGAUCCAUGAUCCUAUAUUGUCAUCACAAGACCAAACUUUACCGGCCUAAUUUAGCCAUGCAAAUAAACAAGGAACGGGCUAUAUCACCUCGGCA